AUGGCUUUCUCAAGAUCCACACUCAUCUCCAGACUCCUCCGUUUGAGCCAUCCUCGCCCCACAGUCACCGUCGCUCGCUCUUUCCAUGCCACCAACUCCAUGCUUAGCGCUCCACCCAAAGAUGACUCAGCCGAUUCCACUCAAAACCUUGAACAAAAUGAAGAUAUGGAAACUUUCGCAACGAAAGCUGCAAGAAUGAUCAAUGAUAUGAAGGAAAAAAUAAUGUCCAUCAAUCCAGAAGUCAGCCCAAAAUUUUGGGAGGUGCUUUACUGGCAUCCUUUUCAAGAUGAAGGAAAUCAACUUCCAUAUGAUGUGAAAGUAGAAGAUGAUAGUUGGUGUGUGAGGAUUGACAUGCCUGGAAUUGGAAGCAAAGGAGUAAGGGUGUGGUUUGAAAACAAUACUUUGCAUUUCAAAGGUGUAGAGAAAGAUAAGGGUCCUUUUCAUGGUGCUAGAAACUAUUCAGGCAAAUUUUAUAUCCCUGCUAGUGAGUAUGAGGUUGAUAAGAUUAAUGCUGUUAUGAAUGACGGGGUGCUUAACAUUGUCAUUCCCAAGACCAAUGGUGCUUUAUAA